AUGCGAGAGUACCGCGCGAAAAGGCGCGGGCCAAACGCGAGGACGGACGCCCACCGGGGGCGGCAGAGCGAUGGAACGUGGAAGGGAGGCGAAGCGCAGACCCAAGACACGGGGGAGAAGGAGGACCGCGGGGGCGACGAGGAAAGGAAGCACGCGGCACCCCUAGCCACCUCCGACGUCGAAACAGCGCAAAAGGGCGGAACCGGCGGAACAGGAAAGGGCAGAGGCAGGAGGGGAAACGGACAGCGGGGGACCACAAAACAACAUCGGUUUAAGAGCCGAAGGACGGGGGGAGCCGUGGAGAGGGCAAACCCGGGGCCGAGGGGAGUAGGAAAUCAAAGGCAAUGGGGAACCGGCCCGCCCGGAGGCCGAAAACACCAGGGAGGGGGCAAGGGGAGCACCGGCCGGAGGCGACCCGACCCGGGAGGAGCGAAGGGGGAGCAGGGAAAAGAAAGGAGGGGACCGAGCCCACACCGCGAAAAGCAAACCCGCGAAGCAGGGUGA